AUGGCCGGAGCAAACCCAUCGGCCGGGGCCACUACGCCUGGGAUCGUGUGGAACGAGAAGGCCAGCCGGUUCGAGACGGAGGACGGCGAGGCCUUCCUGCAGUAUCGCCUCCGGGAGGUGGCGGGCGGCGGCGGCAAAGGAGCGGCGGUGGUGGUGAUGGACAUGGUGCACACCUUCGUGCCGAGGAGCAAGAGGGGGCAGGGCACGGCGGCGCAGCUCUGCGCCGCCGCCUUCAACCACGCCAGGGAGCGCUCCCUCCCAGUCCUCCCCACCUGUUCCUACAUCUCGGUAAUCCCCUUCCCUUUCAGCAGAUCGCGAUUAGGUUUCCUUCCCCUCGCAAUUAAACCGGCUCAUCCCCGCCGGCCGCAGGACACGUUUCUCCCGCGGAACCCGGCCUGGAACGCGCUGGUCUACGGCGGCGAGGACCCCAAACCAUCCAUGUGA